UUCAUGUGUUUUUUGGUGAAAGAAAAAGUUGAAGUUAUACAAAAAUACACAACUUUCUCUUCCUGGACGGAUCUAAUUGGCUACGUAUGUCCUUGAGAAUAUGUAUAAAAGGCUCCAUACUUCUUUCACGCCUAAUACUGCGUUAAUACUAAAGGAAGGAUUCCGCGCAGAGCAUCCUACAAACUAUAUCAACUAUUAUCAAUAGACGUCCUGCUUUUUAUUCGGAUUUUGAAGAUUGCUUAAUAAUGGACCACUACAUUAAGGCCAUUGUGGUGCUGUGUCUUGCACUCAGUCAUGUGACCUGUCAACUAAGCAAUGAGCCUGCUGACGUGCCAGAAAAUUUUAACACGACUUCAACAGAUUUAGGAAACGAGCAACAGAUUAAAGUCGUUGCACCAAAUGGAAAACUGCUUGCCACCAUUGAAGUUUUUACCGAGGAGGGCUUCGAAGUUCAAAAACCGACAGAUAGAAACAAGUGCCUUAUGAGUAAGAUCUCCGACAAUGGCACGUGUUUUGAUGAAGUACCCGUGGCAGAUAUCGACACGAUUCCAGACAAUAUUGCAGCUUUUUGCAAGGGGAGGGAGGUGCUUAGUUUGGUGCCAACGGACUGCAAUAACAAGGCGGUUGGGAACGAUGCAUCACCUGAUUCUUCCAAUGCUGGUGUUGCUAAGCGAUCUCUCUACAGCACUUGUCAUCGGUGGACAAAGACGUAUCAUUCGGUUUGCAGGACCUACUGUUGCCGACGCUUCUUCUUCUACUGCCUGAGAACAUGCUGUACAUGCUCUACAACCACAGUUUGGACACGCCACACCAUCACUGGCUACCAUUACCCUUAUUAAGGAUGAUAAGUCCACUUUCAACAAGCAUAUUAAACAUGAAAUGAACUGAUUUAUUGAACAUUAUAUUUUAAAUACGUUAAAAUCUAAUUAUUGAUAUGUAACUCGUAUACAUUUACUAGUUUAGAAUAGUGUUUAUGCUUGAAUUACUGUUUCUAUGUUUUUUCUAUUUACUUAAAGGCAAAUAUGUUAAUGGUUUAGACAUGAAAAUAAUCAUAUUAUUAUGGUUUUGUUCCAAGGGAAACAGUCGCAAUAUGACAUAGUUUAGUGUUUCACGAUUCAUUUAUGUUGAUCGGUAGUAUCUUUGUAAUAUUUUUGCAUCUUAACGCAUAGAAAUUAGUGGUUUAUUUACUUGUGUUUAUUAUACCAUUUUAUUCAAAUAUAUGUUUAUGCAUAUUUUUUUAAUAUUUGUUUUGAUGUAUCGAUUCUCCUUCUAUCGAACAUACAUUAUAAAUAAGUGGAGAACUUAUUUGGUUGUGACCAAUUCCAUAAAAACAAUAUUUUACUGCUUUAUGUAAAAAGCAUUAUAGCACUUUUAACCACUUUUUAAAAAUGUUUUCUUAUUCCCAUUUCUUUUAAAGUAGCAUAAAAGGUGUACAUCAUGUUUUUCUGCGAAAGAUUUCACUGCUGUUUACCAGAUUUUUUUUGUAUUGCAUCUGUUAUCUUCGGAAUCGUGAAUAAAAAGAUAAUUUUAAAAAUCCAUUUCCAUUAUCUAGUAGUUUGGCUACAGUUUGUAACAUGUUCUUACUUUGUUUUCAAUUUUACUUUUAGUUUGUCCGUGUACUGUGCCUAAAGAAUGUUAAGAAAUCAAAAUGUUUCACAGUAACUGUUAAGAAAUGUGCGCUACUACCAUAAUACAUAUAUAUUAGUCGAUUAACAAUUAUUGGUGAUUCUGCUAUUCUUUUUUGUAAAACCUUAUUAAAAUAAUUGUAAUCUUA